AUGAAUAUUAUACAAAUGAGCUUACAAGUUGAACCUAGUAAACAUACUUCUGAAAGCAUUGAAGAUCUUAUGAAAUUGAUUAAAGAAAGAAUAAUCAGUGCUCUUCCGAAAUGUUUAUUUUGUGAUCAUAAAAUGGAUCCACUCGGUGAAAUUGAUCAUUUGAAUCGGUGUAUAAACGCUUCUCGAAAUGGUGGAAACGCAGUUUGUCAAUCACCAGCCACUCUAAAGUAA